AUGGACGCCACCCCAUUCCAUCGUUCUAUCCUCGAGGUCCGGUUGCCAAAGCACUUUGACAAACCAAUGGGCAUGAGGUAUGACGAGACACAAGACCCACAGGAGCACCUCACGGCCUUUGAGGCCCGAAUGAACCUCGAGGGAGUAGGAGACGAAGUAAGGUGUCGCGCUUUUCCAGUUACCCUGGCAGGCCCUAUGAUACGGUGGUUCAAUAGCCUCCCACAGGGGUCCGUGGCAGGUUUUUCGGAUAUCAGCCGCGCCUUCUUAGCCCAAUUCACCACCAGAAUCGCCAAGGCCAAACACCCGAUUAAUCUGCUCGGCGUCACUCAGAAAGCCGACGAGACGACCAGAAAGUACCUAGAUCGCUUCAAUGAUGAAUGCUUGGAAAUCGAGGGGUUAACAGUUUCGGUGGUGAGUCUCUGCCUGACGAACGGACUUCUCAACGAGGACUUCAGAAAACAUCUCACCACAAAGCCAGUUUGGACGAUGCAAGAGAUCCAAACGGUAGCCCGCGAAUAUGUUAAUGAUGAGGAAGUCAGCCGAGUAGUGGCUGCCAACAAGCGGCAACCCUCCUAUACUCACCCCAGGCAACAUGUCUACCAGCAGAUAGCUGAGAAGGGAAUCUUGUCGAAGCACCGUCCAUUGAAAAACCGGACUGGCGGUAACAAGAGCCUUUACUGCGAUUACCAUAAGGGCUACAGACACAAAACGCAGGACUAUUUCGACCUAAAAGAUGCGCUCGAACAAGCGAUUAGGGAUGGGAAACUAGCUGAUUUCUCUCACCUCAUCAGAGAACCGAGGAGACGGGGUCUCAACCAAGAUGGGGAAGACAAGUCCCGAACGGCGAAGCGACGACAAGAGCCAAGGGACGAGGACCACGGCUCACCGUAG